CGGAUUGCUUUCGGUCAAGCUGCCAUCUCAGCUGCCCCCCGCCAUCACCGUGGGAAGUAACGGCGUGCCGAUCGUCAGUUCCGGCGGAAGUGCCGGCAUCUCUGGUAGCCUCGCCAGCCGCACUCAAUUCGCCGAGCGACUGAAGCUCAUCGAGGUUAACGGGCCUAACUCGCGAUCCUCGAUUGAUCCGAUGACUCCGGACGUAGAGAAUAUUUUGAAGGAGAUGACCGUGCCACUCAUGCCGUUGACGGCGAUCGCGCAGACACCGCGGAAGGAGCACGAGUCCAAGUUCACCUUCAACCCCCAUCUGGCGAAGUUGACAGAAGUCGCCCCGCCGGAGCCUGCGAAGCCUCAACGCCAGUAUACCGCCAGCAGACCGUCUGCGGAUCUCGCGCGGGAUCUGAGUCUGUCGGAUAGCGAGGAUGAGGAGAACAAGGAAACAUCGUCGAGACCGACGAGAGGAAACAGGAGUCCGGAUCUCACGGCCGUUGUCUCGAUACCUUUAUCGAAAAUCACGACGUCCAUUUUUGAGCACCAUUUGAUCUCGCGUCCUUACAGUCUAUCGACGCCGUUGAUGACAUCAGCGCCGCCGCCUUUGGCACCCAUGUCGCCCAUGGUCAUGUCACCCGUGGGCCCGUUGUCGCCCCCGCGGCCUCCGAUCAGCCCGCCGCCGAAGCGGACGCCGGAGCGAGCGCUGUCUCCUCCGCCGAUGAUUGUCAAUCACCCUCAUCCGCCAUCCGCAUGCUCCCCGAAUCCCAGCGUCGUCAUCCACCCGCCGAGUCCGGCCGAAGCGCCGCAGAGCUCCGGAAGCGCCAGCUCGAGCUCGGACUCCGGCUCGGAUUCCGGCACGGACAGCAGCGACGACUCCGAGGACGACGAUGAUCUGGCCUCGGCGCCGCCGCCAUCCAAGGGCCCCACGACGCCGCCCUCGGUCUCGCUGAAGCAGGAGAAUCUGGUCGAGGAGCCGCCGCCCGCCGAGGAACGUCGCUGGGAUCUCAGUUCCUUUUGUUUCAAAACGGUGCAGCAUGGCGAUCAGAAUUCGGAGUCGAAACCCGCUCAGGAUAACGCCAGGCGAGAUAAUACGCAUGAGAUGACGGAGACCAGAUCGCAUAGGGAACAAGCCCGCGAUUGGCAGCUCAACGGCGAGACCGUGAAGAGGUCUCACAACAUGAGUUCUCUCAGCGACAGCGAUCAUCACUCCGAUCAGGAGAAGGUUCAUCAGCUGGUCGAGGACAAUCGCGCUCAGACGGAGAAGCCGAAAGCGGCCGACACCAGGAAACGCGGACGGCCCAGGAAAUCCAUCAAGAGUCCGAAGCGCAGCCACCGGACGUCGGACGAGGGUCUGAAGGCCAGCAAGCCGCGCAGCCGGACGAGAGCGGUCGCCGCGUCCGGCAAGAAGAAGCAACCCAAGUCGAAGGAGACGGUGACCACGAGCGACGACGACAGCGACUCGAGAUCGCAGAGCGACUCCGAUAGCGAUCGUCGACCUACCAAAGUGUCGGCCGUGGCACCGACAAGAAACGAAAAGAGAUCGAGACUGAGCUUGUCGUCCAGCGACGAUGAGAGUUCGCUACCGAACAAGAAAAAUAAUAACAGUGCCUCCGAGGACGACGCCGCGCGAUGGACUAGAGUUCCCCCCAUCAAGCGGAGCAACCUGUUGGACUCGCCGAAGAAGCAGGACCAGAAGAAAAGUUCCGCCAAGGGCAAGCCUAGGCAGCCUAGAUCCAGAGUGGCCAAUGUUGCCGGCGGUUCCGACUCCGAUAGCGAAUCGGAGGUGUCUGUAAGGAGUAAUCGCAUCAAAGUCGCUCGAGUGCCACCCAGGCCGCGAGCGCCACCAACGAGGACGACCUCACCUGAUAACUCUGAUAGCGAUAACAGCCCGGCGUCGAAGUUGCAAGAGGACGACGCUGGCAAUGUACAGGACAAGAAGAAAAGCGACACGCUGCGCCACGUCUUCUCGACGUCGAAGGGCGGCGGGAAGGGUGGUGGAAAAGGUGGGAAAGGUGGUAAAGGCGGUGGUAAAUGUGGCAUCUACGUGGAGGAGUACACGAGUAAUUCUGCUACGCACACGCCGACUGGCGGUGACAGUCCUUACAAACGACCGUCCUCGCGGACGUCUAGUGGUGGCAACAAUCUUCUCCUGCGCUCCCCCCCGCCGCUCACGUAUGUGAACGGCGUACCGAGCCUCAUGUGCAAGAUCGAUCUCAGCAGAAUAUCUCCGCAAAUACUACAACUGACGAGAGGGCAAGAGCUCAGACAGCGCACCGAAUUGCCCGACACCAGGCCAUCUUCGAGGCAGAGGCCGUCUUCGAGUUUGGCGACCUCGCAACCACCGAGGCCGCCCACACCGGAGGAAGGGGAAAUCGUUGAUACGCCACCGCAGCAGCAGCAGCAGCAUGUUGUGUCGGAUCGCACGAGGAUUCACCGUUCCGACGGACUGUUGGGUGAGAGUGACGGCAGGAAUUCACGUUCUGUGAUCAAAGGCCAGCCGAUAUCGUCGGACUCGAAGAGCGGCGGUACUGUUCUCGGAGGUGCUGGUAGUGCUAGUAGUGCCGGUGCGCUCGGUAGCGCGCCCAAGAGGAAACGUAAUCCGAGUUGUAGUUCCGUGUCCAGUUUGAGCCCUGUUCAGUGUCCGGUGGAUGCGAAAACUAAAAGUAUCUCCGAGCAUAAAGACAGAAGCCGUAAGAGACAGCGGAGGCAUGCCACGAAUGACGGGCUAAUGCCCAGUCAGCAGAGUGAUAUUCAGCCGACGAAUCACGAAAGGGACGAAAAGCACGAUACGAGUUUAUUACCGCCACCACCUCUCCCAGCACAGCGCGUCUACUAUUCUUACUUUGAUCCUCAAAGUGAAAUAUUAGAGAAUCAGGAUAGGGACCAUGACCAGUACCUGAUCGAAGCUAAGCGACUAAAGCACAAUGCCGACGAGGAGAUCGAUCUUACGGCACAAGGCAUGAAAUAUCUGGAGGCCGCUCUGUACUUCCUUCUAACAGGCGACGCAAUGGAACAGGACUCAGUUUCGGAUAAAGCCUCGUAUACUAUGUACAAAGAUACUCUUAGUCUCAUCAAAUUUAUCUCGUCGAAAUUCAAGAGCCAAUCGAACAACUUGCCUGAGAAUAGCAUACACUCUAAGCUGGCCAUCCUGAGCCUUUGGUGCCAGUCGCGCUUGUACUCCAAGCUAUACAACAUGCGUAGACAGGAGGUGAAAGACGUCCAGAAGAUCAUCUAUGAAUUCAAUCAAAAGCAAUUUCAGCAACAAAUAGCUCAGACAACACCAGCUCAGGCGGAGGGACAGGGCACGCCUUCUCUCUCGCCUACGCCGUCACCCGCUGGCUCUGUAGGUUCCGUCGGAAGUCAAAGUUCCUCAGGAUACAGUAGCGGUGGUCAACACGCAACAGUCAAUGGUCAAUAUAUUAGCGUGCCAAUAAACGUCUACAAUGCGAUGAUGAAGCAAAAUCAGUAUUCAGGCUUACUUACGAAUGGUCACGAUCUGUGGGACCAGGCAAUAACGCAGGCGAGACAGGAUGAGAAUAAAAACUUUUUCAUCGACUUGGAUCGAAGGUUGGGACCCUUGACAUCGGAUAGCUCGGUACGCGAGCUUGUGCGUUACGUUCUGGCGGGUAUAAAGAAGUUGCGAGCUCUCUGACCACAGUGGCACAGCCCCCGACCAGCCACUCCAAACUACGUUACCUCCCUUCCGCAAAAUAUGGCCACUUACCCGACUAUGUACUCGUAGUUGCGUAGCGUCGUUACGUCGCGUUCACUGUGACUUUAUAUAUCAUCAAUCGGCGGCGCGAUGCACGGAGACGUGGGAAAAAACGGGAAGGUGCGAUAACGGUGUGAUAUAGCGAAAUCACGGACUAUUUUCUCUGCGAGAAGUGGUCUCAGGGGGUGCGACCGAAUCGAUAACGAGGGUCAUGGCAAUCUAGAAAAAGGAGAGAAUACGAGAAAGCUCGUGUGGUCUCCUUUAGUCGGACAACGUGGGGGCAUUCUUGAUAUAAAUUUAGCAGCAAGUUUAUAGUCAAUUGUAAAGCGCGUGCCUGAGGGGGCGAGGGAAAGAGGCGGUCAACCGAGAGGGAGGGAGGGAGAGAGAGAGAGAAAAGUCCGCUUUAUCUUACCACGGUGCAUAUACGAAUCUCGUGCACUUUGUUUAGAGCACGUGUUACUUACUCUCGAGGCGCAGUGGAGAAUUGUUGGACGGGAGAAAUUGAUAUCGAGGCGCUUCGCGAGCGACGACGCGAGCGCAUUAGAUUUCUAGCGAGCCGCAGUGAUAACUCGUGUCUAUUUUUUCCGAAGUGUCCGCUUUUGUAAGUUAUCGCAUAGAUACCGACACGAGCUCGGAGUGGGAAGGGGAGAAUCGGAGGUAGGAGGGGAAAAAAUAGGAAAAUGAGAAGGGCCGAAAACGAGAAAAGAGAGGAAGUGAAAACCACUGAAGGGGGUAGUAGAAGUGCCACGUAAAAGCGCCCGUGUGUUCUCGCUUCACGGUGCGCCCGCAGCCGACGUUACCUGAAGCAUGAGUAUCGUUUCGGCGAUUCGAAUGCGAUGAAUAUAAGGGAAUACAUAUUUAAUAUAUAUAUAGUUUAUUACCUAUAUAAAUAUAUAUAAAUAGUUAUAAAGAUAAGAAUAUAUUUAAUGACGCGAGGAGAGAUGACGCGCAUCUCGCGCGCCGCGUUUCAGUACAGGGGAACAGAUGACAGUUGUAUUCGCGAAUGGGAGGUGAUAUGAAGGAAAAGGGCGGAGAGGAGAGGUGGCCAGAAAUCGGAGUGAUUUCGGUGGAGGAGAGUGCGCGAGCAACAGGAUCAACAACCAGGAUCAAGUGAUGUGCUAUAGUUAAACUAUAGUUCUUAACAUUUGCGUGCGAAGCACACGACUCUUUUUGUAGAUAGAUCACGGGGGAAGUAAUUUUAGAUUAGAGUAAUUAAUAUGCAAGCAGGAAAUCCAGUAACAGAUGCGAUUAUACCAAUACAUAUUAUUUACAUUUACUUAGAAGUUAACCGGGAGAAUUAAGUAGAGGGUUCUAGUGCGAUUGAAAAGUAAAAAAAGAGGAAGAAAUAAUGACAUACCGCAUACACAACAUAUACCAAUAGCAUAAUUUAAACAAAAACGCAAGCGAGGGGAAGAACGAAGCGGGAUGAACGCUAGAGAUAAAACGCACGCUGAGAGUGC